UUUAUGAAGAUAGAGAACGCUCUACUUUCAAAAAUACAGUGAACUACUGUAUUUGAACUUUAAUUACAAAUGAACCUGCUUCGGAGAUCGAAUGUUUAAGCGGCUUAAAGAUGAUAUAGAAAUGUCUUGCAAGAUACACAAACAAAUCUUCUUGGAUGGAAGUCAUCAGAUUUUUAACUACAUAAGAGCUAGAGUGCGAUCCAUUUACAGUAUUCAACAGAUUCUAUCAGCUGUACUGGAAGUUUUAUGUGGAAGCAAAUGGUUGAGUUGUAAAAUAUUCUGACAAUGGCUAGUGGUGGAUUUAAUGCUGAAGGCAUUCCUAGUGGAAUGGAGCAAUCUCAAACACCAUCAGAAAGGCUGCCUGGAAGACUUUUAACACAAGAACUGGAGUUAUGGAGCAUGCUUACGGAUGAGAGGCUACGUAGUGAACAACAUAAGAUGAAUUACCAAGCUCUAAAGUCUGAACACACAAGGCUACAAGAUGAGUUUUUGUCUUUACAAUUGGAGUUGAAACAAACUCUUGAGGAUUAUAACCAGCAAAAGGAAAAAAGCCAGACAGCUUUAAGCCAGGCUGAAGAUGUUUUACAGCAGAAACAGGCACAGAUAGAAGAAUUAAAAGCCAAGUUAGCCAGCCAGGCUCCAGAAGUUGUACAACGUCACGUACAGGAGAAAUUUGAACGUAACUUCAAAGGUCGAUGUCAAGAGUUGGAGCAAGAAGCUGAUCACUACAGAGAAGAGUUUAAUAAGCUUCGAUAUGAACACACUAUGUUGAAGACACAAGUAGAGUAUUUGACAACAGAACACCAGAGGACUUUGGAAGAAUUAAAUUUCAAACAUGAGGGAGAGAUAAACAAGUUACAAGAAGAAGUGGAACAAUUGCGAGAUAAGCAGACAACUCAAGGGGAGCAAACAGGAUUGCAGGUUAUAACUCUACAAAAAGAAAACUCGCAAUUGCGACUGAGAGUUAAAGCUCUUCUUACUGAAAUGGAAGAAGUACAAGCUCAGAGGGAGAAGAGUUCUUUAGAAGCUGAGAACAUUAACCGAGCACAGGCAAGGCAGCUGACAGAGCAGUAUGCUAAUAUAUGUACUUUGGAAUCUGAAAAGACAGGUUUGAACAUGCAGAAAGAAGUUAUCCAGAAAGAACUUUCAAAUACUCAAGAGGCUUGUAAUCAUCUAUCUACACAGCUUGACUUGGCCAAAGAAGAAAUUCUUAAGCUUAAGGGUCAGCUGGAUGAGGUAGAACACAUUGCCCAGGUCAAGCUCACAGAACUGAAAAUGGAAGCCAUCAAAGAUAAAGCAGAGGUUGAAAGAGAAAGAGAUAGACUGGCUUCUGAACUAGCAAAUAUGAAGCUUGAAUUGGAGAUUUUAGAAGAAAAAAUCAGGAAACAAAACCAAAACCUAACAGAUCAAGAAUUGGAGUUACAGAGACAACAUCAUGCAGCUCGACAUUAUGAUUUGGAAGUUGUUCGAAAGCUAGAAUCAGAAAAAUUAGAACUAGAGUUGAGAGUGAAAGAGUUGGAGGAUCAACAAAGUGAGAAGGUCCAUGAAGUACAUGCUGAGUUAAAUAAAUUACAACAAAAAUUACAAGCUGCUCUUGAUGGUAAAAUGGCUUCUGAACAAGAACUUGUGACACUUAAAGCUAAACUUGCGGCUGUACAGCUAGAGGUAGAAGAACUGACUCAAUUACGAAAAGAAAACCACAGUCUCCAGAAGGAGGUCAGUGACUUACAGAAAAGAGUAAAAGUGGAGGAGAAUGCCCAAAAAGAAUUACUUCAACAACGUGAAAAUUUGAAGGAGGUUUUAUCACAGCUUCGUUCUGAUUAUCAGACACUAAAGUCACAAGGAGCUCAAGAGAAAGAGGUAAUUGAAAGAAAUCUAGUGAAACAACGGUUGAAUUGGGAAGAAGAAAAACGCCAGUAUCAGCGACACAUAGAUGAUCUAGAGAAAGAGAUUCGUGAAAAACACACACAGACUAACAGUGAAAUAACUGGAAUGAAGAAGAAACAGAAACAAUAUGCAAGGCUUAUUUCAAAACUUAAAAAUAAACUUGAGAUUGCUGAAGCCAAAAUUGAACAAUUUCAAUUUGAAAAAGGAGCUUUGAAAGAAACAGUCCCUCCAGAAGUGCAUUCCAAGCUCAAGAAACAGUUUCAUGAUCUUAAGCUGCGACACCAGAAGUUUCACCAUCUUCUUCAGACAAAUUUUGAUGACUUGUCCACAGGUGGCUUGUCUACAUCCAAAGUUCCUUCAACAAAAACACUACUCAUUCCACAUGUUUCAACAUUGACUGGGGAUAUAGAAAGUCAAUUUAAAAAUAACUUGUCAAUUGGUCAACAAACCUUUGAAUUAAAUACGUUGAAAGAACGCUUGGAUCAGCUUGACCGACAACAAAAACAACAUUUGGAGGAAUUAACUACUUUAACCUCUGACAUCCAAAGUCAAAAAGGAAAUGUGGCCACAUUAUCAGAAGAGGAUGACAUUAGUGAAUCAGACCCAGGAGACUUAUGACAAAUACUUUUUGUUUCAAAGAAUUGCAAUAAUGGAUAUAUGAUGUGUUAUGUAACAAUUAAGUGGAUAAUGUUAAGGAAUAUUCCUGAUCAAAACUUGUGGUUUCACAUGAUGUGCUGGUUGUUAGCUAAGAAAGAACUAUAUUAAUGAGGUUUGUAUGAUAAAUAUUUAUGUAGAUUUACUUGUUUUGUAUCCUCCAUUUUAGGUACAUGCAUGUACUUGACAAUGACCAGAACACAUAGAUGUUACUGUGUGACUGAACAGUUAGAUGCUAUUAUCAUUUUUGUCAGUCAUCAUAUUUAUAAAGUUUUACCUGACAUAGACUAAUGUUAUGUAUUUGUAACACUGCCAUUUCCAUAAUGAACAUUAGUGUUAAGCAAAGAGUUGUAGUUUCUGCUUUAAGUUGUAAUUAGGUGAAAAAAGUUUGUAAUAUUUUUUGUGUAAGGAAAAUAUUAAAUUUG